CAACUUAACGUGUCUUCCGAAACACGGAGGAACUCGUUAUAACAUAGAUGGUCUAUCCACAUAAUUUUUCUGUAUGUUUUUAGUGCUAGUUUCUUUCGGUACCUAUUUUUUAUCUAGCUUAUAAAUACGCAAUUUCUAUCAGACAAUAGCAAAAACGCUCAUUAUUAGUAUGUACUUGUGUUUUUGCAAAACAUCAAUUUGAAUCAAAAAUAUGGGCAAAAAGGUGCAAAAAAAUAUGAUUCUCCUUACAUACAGUUGUUAAUUUAUUUUGAUUAUAUGACCUUAACUUUUUGUGAUCUUAGCGGCCGGUAUACAGAGUUUCAGAUAAAAAACAACCACGGGUCAUCAUUUUGACGACGUAUAGAUAAACUUAUUUUGUAUAAAAUAUUUGUAUGUAUAUGUACAUAUUAUAGACAUUGUAAAGUUCCAGCCGUUUCCUGCGACUUCACCCAUUACAAAUCGAAAGUGAUACGACAGGUGAAAUAAUCGGGAUAAAAAUAUUAUUAUAAACUAUCAGUGUGCCAAAUUUUGUCCAAAUUCUGAUGAAAUGUAGUCGUUCUUGCGUGAAAGAGUAACAAACAAUCUUUAUCCAGGAUUCUUCCUUACGUAUGUACGUUUCACGGUUGUACGUAAUUGAACUCCUCCAAAACGGCUUGACCGAUGCUUAUGAGAUUUUGUUUACAUAUAAUCUACACACAUACAAACACGUCCACACACUUAAUCGUAAAUAUUUGUUUAUUCUCUCAUUAUUCUAAGUUUAGUUAAAUAAGUGAUUUUGUUUUUUUAUUAUCUGAUUUAUAAGUUCUUACUGUUUAAAUGUUUUUAUACUAUAAUCUUGCUCUACCAAAUAAGAAACUAUUUUAAGAACCUCCAACACUCAGGCCCCCAAGAUACAAGCUUCAGCUUAGUUUCGGGACCACUGUUGAUGAAUGUAUGAAAAAUUGUAAUUGUUAAACAAUAAAAUUAUUCUUAUUCUUAUAUUCUGUAGGUCUGAGAAUCGGGCAACAUCCAUUUUCAUAACCGUGUUUUUUAUUCCUUAAUUUGUCUUCCUGAAUUUGUAUUGCAAAACAACGUUUCAAAUUCUUUAUUUCAAUUAGACCAGUAUAUGGCACUUUUGAACGUCAAACAAUUGACACUUAUUUCUAAGUUCUGAAACACGGCCCCCCUUUUACCACUGAUUUCAAACUGCGUUUUCGUUCAGAAUUUUUUAUAACUAUUCCACCCAUAUUUUUGUCCAUCAAUCAAUUUUUGUUUGGCUCUCUCUUUGUGCUUCCUGUAGCUAUCUUUAUUAUGACUACAUGGGUGUUGCUAUAGCAAAAAACAUCAUAUUGAGUGGAUAGCUUUUAUAAUAAUUACUGUAAAGUCAUUGAACUGUACACGAAUAAUAUUUUUGGAUGAAGAAAUAAGUUAAAUAAAGUGUGAUUAGGCUGCGAUUGAAAUGUGUUAGCGUGGACGGCUGUGCUGUGAAAAUGUGUGGAAGUUCCCACCAUAGGCAGGUAUCCCCUCUGCAUUUCCAUCUCAGACGCAUUACAGCAACAAAUACAAGUCGCAUUCAAACUCCUUGCACGCCCCACAUCGUUUGCUGGAAAUCAUGGCAAUUUACACAGAGGAAGCGAGACAAAGGACCAAGGAGAUGAACGAAAUGAGGUUUAUGUACGAGGAGAGCCCGCAAUACGAACAAGGAUAUGUCAUGAGCGAAAUUAUAGAAAGAUUCCGUAAAGUAGUUGAACACACGAAAAGACCGAUCGAGUUUCAUUCAGACAAUUUCUUCAAUACUCUCAAACGGACCGAGCUGAUUCAAGUUUUAUAUUUCGAGAUUUACCACUUGGUUAGGAUGAUGCACGAGAUCCCAGUAAAAUAUGACGCUGAAGAAGAAUUCACGAAGAAGGAGAAGAAGAAACCCACGAAGCAGGAGUUAUACGACACUAAGAAGAGCAUAGAAGAAAUGCAGAAGCGGAGGGAGAGGGAGAAACGGAAGAGGAGAAAAUUGAAUGCGAAGUUACGGGAAGCGUUUGAUAGAGGCAUGGCGUUGUCGAAAUAUGGAAAGAAACGGGAUCCUUAUAACAAGUGGUGGCCUGUGGAUUACGGCUGGGAAAUCGAUCACUGGUGGUGAUUCUUGUGGUCUUUUAUUCAUGUAUAUUUUGUAGAACAUAUACUCUUUAAUUAUUAAAUGAUGCAACGAUUUACUCACGAGUAUUUAUGGGGGGUGCCUAACUAGUUCGA